UCCUUUUUAGUAAGCAAACAAAACAUCCCGUGAUUUUCAAUGUUUGGAGAGCACAUUGAAGAACUUGCAACCUAAGAUUGAGACGCCAAAACGACACCGUAAUCUGUAUCAGUAUCACUCAGCAUACGGCAUUCAACACCACACCAGUGUUGUAACUGUGAACCUUUCCGGGAGAAUCAACAACAACAACAACAAUGGAGGCGCCGCCAUUUGCUUCUUCUGCUUCCUCUUCCUCUCUCUUCUCUCUUCGCAACAAACCACUCCUACCCGCGAGAUUCUCCCAUUUAGGCAAUACCAAACAAUCCAGAAACUUCUCUGUUCGCGCCUCCUCUUCUUCUGGGGAUUCUGUUGUGACUUUGCUUGAUUACGGUGCUGGCAAUGUUCGGAGUGUCAGGAAUGCUAUCAGAUUCCUAGGGUUUGAUAUUAAAGACGUGCAAACUCCAGAAGAUAUUUUGAAUGCAAAUCGGUUAGUUUUUCCAGGUGUUGGAGCAUUCGCUGCGGCCAUGGAGGUGUUGAGCAAAACUGGAAUGGAUGAAGCACUAUGUUCAUAUAUUGAAAAGGAUCGCCCAUUUUUGGGCAUUUGUCUUGGGCUUCAACUACUUUUUGAAUCUAGUGAGGAGAAUGGACCAGUAAAAGGUCUUGGCUUAAUACCUGGAACUGUUGGGCGAUUUGACUCAUCAAAUGGUUUUAGAGUGCCACAUAUUGGCUGGAAUGCUUUACAAAUCACAUCAAACUCGGGAAUUUUGGAUGAUGUUGGAAAUCACCAUCUCUAUUUUGUGCACUCUUAUCGUGCCAUGCCUUCAGAUGACAACAAUAAAUGGAUAUCCUCCACCUGUGACUAUGGUGACAAAUUUAUAGCAUCUAUUAGAAGAGGGAAUGUGCACGCAGUUCAAUUUCAUCCUGAGAAAAGCGGAGAUGUUGGUCUCUCUAUUUUGAGAAGAUUCUUGAAUCCGAAGUCAAAUGUGGCAAAGAAGCUUGGAGAAGGCAAAGCUUCAAAACUUGCAAAAAGGGUGAUUGCUUGUCUUGAUGUGAGAGCAAAUGAUAAGGGGGACCUUGUUGUAACCAAAGGAGAUCAGUAUGAUGUAAGAGAACAUACAGAAGAGAAUGAGGUUAGAAAUCUUGGCAAGCCAGUUGAUCUUGCUGGACAGUACUAUAAAGAUGGAGCUGAUGAGGUCAGCUUUCUAAACAUUACUGGAUUUCGUGACUUCCCUCUCGGUGAUUUACCAAUGCUGCAGGUAUUGCAAUACACAUCAGAAAAUGUUUUUGUACCCUUAACAGUUGGGGGAGGAAUUAGAGAUUUCACAGAUUCCAAUGGAAGGUACUAUUCUAGUUUAGAAGUUGCCUCAGAAUAUUUUAGGUCUGGGGCUGAUAAGAUUUCCAUUGGAAGUGAUGCAGUUUAUGCUGCAGAAGAAUAUAUAAGAACCGGAGUGAAGACUGGGAAGACCAGCUUGGAGCAGAUAUCAAGAGUUUAUGGGAAUCAGGCAGUGGUUGUUAGUAUUGAUCCCCGUAGAGUGUAUAUAAAGGAUCCUAAUGAUGUGCAAUUAAAGACCGUAAGGGUUUCAAGUCUAGGUCCAAAUGGAGAAGAAUAUGCAUGGUAUCAGUGUACAGUUAAUGGAGGGCGAGAAGGUAGACAAAUUGGUGCUUAUGAACUAGCAAAAGCAGUUGAAGAGCUUGGUGCUGGAGAAAUACUACUUAAUUGCAUCGAUUGUGAUGGUCAAGGGAAGGGAUUUGAUGUUGAUUUAAUUAAGUUGAUAUCAGAUGCUGUUAGUAUCCCUGUGAUCGCAAGUAGUGGUGCUGGAGCUCCUGAACACUUUUCUGAGGUUUUCAAUAAAACAAAUGCAUCAGCAGCACUUGCUGCUGGCAUUUUUCACAGGAAGGAGGUUCCUAUUCAGUCGGUAAAAGAGCAUCUGUUGAAGGAAGGCAUAGAAGUCCGGAUCUGAUCAUACAUUUAGUGGCAAUUUUUUUUAAUAUAUAUAUCGACUUCUUACUUAAUAAGCAAAUAUUGUAUGUCAUAACUUGCGUAAACUAAUAUUAUGACAGCAUUUUGAAUCAAGAAAAGAUUUUCAUGUGUGACUUUUGUGAUAGUUUUAGGUAAAUACAUUUAUCAUUAAUUUA